AUGAGUAAUACAGCUUCUACGCCACUUUUUGCAUGUUCUCGUUGUUUUUCAAGACAUCCUUUCGAGGAAUUAUCAACUGGGGAACAACUUUGUAAGGAAUGUCGUGGCUCAUUCCCUGUUGUUAAGUGCACCUAUUGCCGUUCUGAGUUUCAACAAACAAGUAAAUCUAACACUUCAUCAAUCUGCAAGAAAUGUGAGGCUAACGUAAAGGCAUAUGGCAAACCUACAGCAUGUGAAUACUGCAAUAUCAUUGCAGCAUUUAUUGGUAACAAGUGCCAACGCUGUGCGAACUCUGAGCGGAAAUAUGGGCCUGCCGUUACAUGUGAGCAGUGCAAACAACGCUGCGCAUUUGAUCGCCAUGAUGACAGUAAAAAGGUUGAAGGCAAGUUGCUAUGCUGGCUAUGUACACAGUCGCUUAAAAGAGCACUCGCCAGAACUAAACAGCAUCUCUCUUCUUCUGACAAGCAUAAACAUCGCGGGCACAAGUCUAAAAGCAGUCACAAAGAGAAACGAAAGUCUGAUAUGAUGAAGUCAAUCAACGCUAGUGACUCCUCUCUUAAUGAUUCACAGCCAUUAGAAAAGAAAUCCAAGAUGAACCCUUUGCAAGGUAAGAAAGGUGAAGUGGACCCCAACAGUUCUGAUCACGUUGUUGCGAUGACCCAACUCAAGGAGACUAUUGCAAGUUUACAGAAAAAAGUCCAACAGAAAGACAAUGAAUUACUAUCCAAAGACAAAUUGAUUACAGAAUUGAAGGCUCAGCAUAUGAACAACACGCAAGACAUGCGGAACGAGAUGAAAAACAAGGACCGCCUGAACGAGACAAAAUUUAACUUGAUGAACACGAAGAUCCAGAACUUGCUGAAGGAGGUGGCGACCCUGAGCAAGUCCGCAAAGAAGAACAAAGGGGGGGGGCGCCAGCCGCCCGGCGCUGGGCGGGGCCGAGCACAGCGGCAGCGGCACCGACAGCCCCAGCACCAACUAGACCCCCCCGGGGCUAUUCUUGUGGAGCUGAACUGUGGAAAAUAUUUCCCUCUUAUUUUUUUACUCUACAAAUGA